AUGAUAAACAUAUUGAAUCCUCUUCGACAGAGUGUUGCCAGGCCAUUACCAUUGGGUUCAAGUCUUCUUUCUCGCCAUGCGCUCCACAGGUUCGGGACAAUAUCAAGACCUACAAAGCUUAACAAAUACGCAUACUCUACCUCUACAAAUACUAAUGCAACUUCAACUUCAAUCAAAACAACCACUGUAACUGCUUCCAAAAAUGUUCCACCAACAGUAGCAAGAGGCAAGGUCAAAUCUAACAAAAGACGCUAUUACAACUUUUUUCGGUUUGGUAUCGCCAUUGGCUUAGGUGCAACAGCGUUAUACUAUACCAAUGAAAAAUUUCGACACGCUAUUUUGACAAUCAAAAGAGUCAACGUAGUUACUGUUGCCAUGGUUCGUUGUUUUGCCUUGUACAAGGAAGUUUUGGAUAGGAAAUUUGAUACUCCACAAGAGCGACUGCAAGAGCUUUCAAGGACCCACAAGAAAGCAGCCGAAAUUACUUUGAAAGCGUUGGAAAAGAAUGGUGGUAUAUAUAUCAAAUUGGGACAACACAUAACGGCCUUGACAUAUCUUCUACCUCGUGAGUGGACUGACACAAUGAUACCUCUCCAAGAUCAGUGUCCCCGCUCCUCGGUUGAAGAGAUUGAAUCGAUGUUUGAAAGCGAUUUGGGUGUUUCAUUGCUGGAUAUUUUUAGUGAGUUUGAUCCAACGCCGAUUGGCGUGGCCAGUUUGGCACAGGUGCAUAUCGCGAGAUUAAAAUCCAAUGGGCAAAAAGUUGCUGUAAAAGUGCAGCAUCCUAGUUUAAAGGAAUUUGUCCCUGUUGAUGUUGAGAUGACCAAGUUGGUAUUUGACUUGAUGUACAAGGCUUUUCCGGAAUACCCUCUAACUUGGCUAGGAGAUGAACUACAAAACUCAAUAUUUGUUGAGUUGGACUUUACAAAGGAGGCAGAAAACGCUCAACGAACAGCAAAGCAUUUUAAAGAUUACCCUGUGUUGCGAAUUCCAAAGAUCAUUGAAGCAAAGAAUAGAAUUUUGAUUAUGGAGUGUGUUAGUGGAUCUAGAUUGGACAAUCUAACAUACUUGAAAGAGCACGAUAUCGAUCCAUCAAAAGUUAGCGCUUGCUUGUCGCAUAUCUUUAAUGACAUGAUCUUUACUCCCGAUGUAGGAUUGCAUUGUGAUCCUCAUGGCGGGAAUUUAGCCAUUCGAAGUGUGCAACCAACAAAGAACAGUAGAGACAAUUUUGAGAUUAUCUUGUACGACCAUGGGCUUUACAGAGAUAUUCCAUUGCAAAUGAAACGUGACUAUAGUCAUUUUUGGCUAGCUGUAUUGGACAACAAUAUUCCCGAAAUGAAAAAGUACACCAAAAAACUAGCUGGUAUUGAUGGAGAACAAAAAUUCAAGAUUUUUAUUAGUGCAAUUACUGGAAGAUCUCCUGAAGCCAUCUUAUCUGACAAAAAAUUGAAGAAGAAAAGAUCCAUUGAUGAGAUAAACGACAUCCAGUCGCAGCUCAAUGACUCUCAAAGUGGGGUGCUUGAAGAUCUCAUGGAUAUUUUGAGCAGUGUUCCAAGAAUGAUUUUGUUGAUCCUCAAGACCAAUGAUCUCACCCGAAGUUUAGAUGAGUGUCUUCACACUGAUUUGGGACCCGAGAGAACUUUCCUUAUUAUGGCCAAUUAUUGUGCCAAGAGUGUUUAUAACGAAGGCAUAGACACUAUAAACAGUCACUGUAGAGGUUUACACUGGGCGCUCAAGAGAAUGGGCAAUUGGUUUCAGUAUUGUCAUCGAUUGACCGAGUUGUACUUUUAUGAUUUUGCUUUGCAACUUCGACAAUUGAAAUUACGUUACCUCUAG